CUUUUGAGUCUUUAAGCAAAGAUAUUUUUUUUAAUAAUUUUAUCUUCAAUGUUAGAAUUUAUAUUUUAGUAGAAUGUGACUUACCACUUCACAGCAGCUCUGCUUUGUUAGACCUGAAAGUCAUCUCUAAUUCCCGCCCACUCUUUGAUUAUAUAUUUGGACCCCAACCAACUCUUUGUUCGCCACCCUUAACUUCAUCAUGGCCACUGACGCUUCACCCCAGCUCCGGUCCGUGCCACCUCCUUCGGACUUUCACCCUGAAAUCUCACUUUCCCGGACGCCAACCCACGAUGGCCUUCACUUUUGGCAAUUCAUGAUCGCUGGCUCCAUAGCCGGCACCGUCGAGCACAUGGCUAUGUUUCCUCUCGACACACUUAAGACACGCAUGCAAGCUCUUGGCGCUUCAUGUUCGGUUCAACCCGUCAGCGUUCGUCAAGCCCUCGGUUCCAUCUUAAAGCUAGAAGGUCCUCCCGGUCUUUACCGUGGUAUAGCUGCAAUGGGGCUUGGCGCAGGACCUGCACAUGCAGUUUACUUUUCUGUUUACGAGCUAUCUAAGCAAGUUUUGUCCCGUGGUGAUCCGAAUAACUCGAUCGUUCACGCUGCUUCCGGCGUGGUGGCCACAGUAACAAGCGACGCGGUGUUCACGCCGAUGGAUAUGGUGAAGCAGAGACUGCAGUUGAAGAAUAGUCCGUACAAAGGUGUAGCGGAGUGCGUGCGUAGGGUGGUGAUGGAGGAAGGGAUUGGAGCCUUCUAUGCUUCUUAUAGAACUACUGUUAUUAUGAACGCGCCGUUCACUGCUGUCCACUUUGCCACAUACGAGGCUGCAAAGAGAGAGUUGAUGGAGGUGUCGCCUGAUACAGCCAAUGAUGAGAGGUUGGUAAUUCAUGCCACUGCUGGUGCCGGUGCUGGUGCCUUGGCUGCUGCUCUUACGACUCCGCUUGAUGUUGUUAAAACCCAGUUGCAGUGUCAGGGAGUAUGUGGUUGCGAUAAAUUUUCGAGCAGUUCAAUUGGGAAUGUGAUUGAAACAAUAGUGAAGAAGGAUGGAUACAGGGGCCUUAUGAGGGGAUGGAUUCCAAGGACGCUCUUCCAUGCUCCAGCUGCUGCAAUCUGUUGGUCUACUUACGAAGCAUCUAAGUCCUUCUUCCAACAGCUUAACAGCCGCUAAAACCAAACCAAGCAUCAUCUCUGUCAAACAAAUAAUCUUCACACUUGAAUGAAUGUCCAAUACAACAUUGAAACUUCGCAGUACGCUUGUCUAAAAUUUGUUCCCCGCACAGGUCAAGCAAUAUAUUACUACUUUUUAUUAAUCAAUCAAAUUAGUUGAUCCUUUCUCAUACGGCCUGUCAGGAUAUACGAAAUUUGGACACUUCACUUUCUCAAGUCCUGUGAGCUUGGAUGAUUAACUAGGUCUUAAAACAUUUUCCGUUAGGCAUGUUACGAUUUUGAGCCACCAAGGUCUAUGACAUCUCUGAGAUCCACCAAAAGUAUAAAAAAGGGGCGGGUUCUACGAUAUCAUAUCAGACAUUUAUAGCGCGACAUCAUACUACAUGACAAAAAUUAAAGUUGGAAGUAAUCUUGUUUUCUUGGCUUGGCUGAAUUAAUAUGAUACGAUGAAUAACAAAAAGGAUAAGCUCCUUCCUCUAACUUUCCGAACUGUUAAGUCUGCCAAUGAUCGAUGUUCCAAGAUGAAGUUUGUUCAUAAGCAGCGGCAAUAUACUGGAAACUUUUGCCUAAAAGGUGUUUUGGCUUCUAUGUAUCAUAUCCUUACUUUCAAGAUACAGCACCGUAUGCAACUAUAAAUCAUGCAUUUUGUGGCUUUGGGCAUCAGAGUAACGCGGCAUUUCAUUUGCUAGAACCAAAGUCCUUAGUCCCGUACAGAUUUUAUUACAAAGCUUGCGCCAUAACACAUAAAUGUCAAAAUAAAUUCGCUAACACCAAAGACUUGUUAAAAACAGAGAACUUGCAGAUCCUCUAAAGCACCUUCCAUACAAUUUAUAAUAUCUUAAUACACAAGGUUCAUGCAUUGCCACCUUCAUUAUAUAUAUAUUUGGCCAGACACCUUCAACAUAGUAGAACAGAAUAAAAGCCUUAUCACAAUAGAAACCAUAAAGUUGACCGGUCUUUGCACUUGAAUCCUAAAACUUAUUAUGGACACAAAAGUAUGAAG